AUGGACGAGCAGAAGGUCCGCUAUGAUGCAUUUAAGAUGGCAGGGGAUGCAAAAUGCUGGUGGUUUUCUGCGAAGCUGCUAGAGGGACAGAGAGUGGUGAAAGAUGCGCUGACUUGGGAACGAUUCAAGGAGCUGUUCUUUGACAGGUAUAUUCCUUCGUCCACUAGAGGGGAAAAGGUUGAGGAGUUCACUAAUUUGACCCAGGGGAAUGUGACUGUUGGGGUGUAUGCGGCAAAAUUUGUGGAGUUGUCUUGCUUUGCACCCUUUAUGAUCCCUAAUGAGACAAGGAAGGCCAAAAUAUUCGAAAAAGGUUUGAGACAAAAGAUUUUUGAACUGGUGGUAGGGUUCUUGGUCCAGAAUUUUUCAGACUUGGUAGAUAAAGUUUCGGUAGUGGAAAAAAGCAUCGAGGGAGGUACAGAGCCAUCAGAGUAG